AUGACAGACCCAUCCUCUGGCUCAAAAAAUACCAUGAAUCACAUCCUCAAGCCCGCCGGGGCAAAAACACCUCCUUCCUCGCGACUCCUGCGCGCUCUGUUCACCUCGCUAGCCGGCGAAGAUUCCCGCCGGUGGACGCUGACGCGACACUUGCGGAGCGACAACCCAGCUGACCUGAAUGGCGAGUUGAGGGGGAUUGCGACGUUUCAGCCUUUGCCUGGCUCGCCUACUACAAGUACCACUGGUGGUGUUGGAGGCAGUUUCAAGGAUCUUCUCUACAGGGAAGAGGGCGAGGUGCCGGGCACGGUGGUGCGGGGGAUGGCGGGGCUGAGGUGGAGCAAGAAGUAUAUCUGGCGGUUGAACUGUAGCGAUGAUGUUGAUGAUGGUGAUGCCGAUGCGACGUCUGCUGGUGAUCAUACGAAUCUGGACAGUGGGAAUGAUGGUCGCGCGGGGAUCAGUGUUUGGUUCGUCAAGGUCGCGGCGUCGUCGUCGUCGGGGAAAGAUGGUUCGCAGCAGCAGCAGCAGCAGCACGACGAGGCAGAUUACUUGUUCCACGAGUUCGAGUUCGAUGGCGAAUCUGGUGCAGCAGAUAAUCUAAACCCAGAAAGUGAGGACGUCUUCGUCGCAGCGCCUACCCCUCCUGCAGCGCCCUCGUCAACGACGGCGUCCACGACGACCAUCCUCACUGCCCGCGGCAACCACCUCUGCGUGAAGGACAUGUAUCGCACGGCGUACGCGUUUAGCAUCCACCCGGAGACAGGCGAGGUGCUCAGCUGGGCGAGUCGGCAUGUCGUGAAGGGGCCGAAGAAGAAUCAGGAGAUUGUGAAUUGGUAUCAGAGGGAGAGGGAGGGUUGA